AUGUCUCGACUACUGUUUCACGCACUUGCGCUUGCCGCCGCGUUCUCCAUCACCGCGGCCGAUCAGUCGCGCCCUCGAAUUCUAGAUUUUAACCCCUGGUCAUGGCUACCUAGCAACAGUAACCGAUCCCCAUCCGUAAUGGAUUAUUUUUUUCCACCUUCCAGAACUCCGAAAAAUUCCAAUCUCGAUCCUCCUGCCGACCGUUCACCACCCAAAACCAAUCCAACAACUAUCGACGAAACACUCACAACGACAUCGUUUCAAGAACGUUCCACAACAAACGCCCGGAAAUCUAGUAACAAAUCGAAAUUAACCGCGUCGCUACCACACACAACCGCAUCACCGAAAACCAAAAAAAUUGUACACAGAACUACUGACACGGACACAACCUCUGAUUCCAAAACAACGCUAGAUAUAACGUUGGAAAAUGUCGCACAAACCACGAUCAAAGCGCCUACAACAUCCACUGCCCGUCCGACAAAGCACUAUUCGAUUCGACCAAUAAUCCGAACUGCUUCAACUUUGACCACACAAGAAACAGAAUCUACUUUGAAUACGAACAGCGAUAGUACUGAGACAGUCGCUGUAGAUACAGUUAGAACAACUGUAGAAAAUAUUAAAGCAACUGUGUCAACGACCAGUAUCCCUGAACCGCGGUCUACAGAUGCUGGAACAGCAAGCACAGCGACAGAGUCAACAACUGUGAUGGAGAGUACAUUAGCGGACGAGCCCGACAGCCGUGAGGGUUACCUGCCUUUACGUGAUAAACCACAGCAAACGCACGUCAAGAUCAACGAACAGACUAAGAAAGAGGUCAGUAACAUUUAUUAA